UUUCACAUGUUGUGAACUUGUGAAGCUCACUUGUAGUGUACAAGUUGUAGUUAUAUCGAGGAACCAUCACAUUCUCCGCAAAUAUCAUUUUUUAUAAUUUCAUUCGUAAAAUCGCAAUUUCAUUAUCAAUUCUCAUUCUAGUUCAUCGAGAUCUACUUCAGGGUAGAUUGGAUGCUGCGGAGUGUUUCGAGUAGUUAUACAAUUUAUACAGCUUAGAUCGAGUUGAUUUGCUGGUUUCUUAUUGCAAUGGCUACUUCUGAGAAGAGGACGCUGCGAAUCAACCAGGUUUUCUUGUUUUUGUUCCUCUUCUGGUAUGUUUGUGAUGGGUUUUAUUUGCCUGGGACUUACAUGCAUACAUACUCCAAUGAUGAUGAAAUAUAUGCGAAAGUGAAUUCACUGACAUCUAUUGAGACUGAGCUUCCCUUUAGCUACUACAGUCUUCCGUAUUGUAAGCCACAUGAUGGGGUCAAGAAAAGUGCGGAGAAUCUCGGAGAGCUGCUCAUGGGGGAUCAGAUUGACAACUCCCCUUACCGUUUUCGGAUGAAUAAGAAUGAGUCUGUUUUCCUGUGUAUUACUAGUCCUCUGAAUGAAGAGCAGGUAAAACUUUUGAAACAGAGAACUCGCGAUCUAUAUCAGGUGAACAUGAUUUUGGAUAAUCUCCCUGCAAUGAGGUUUGCAAACCAAAACGGUGUAAAGAUCCAAUGGACUGGAUUUCCUAUUGGUUAUUCUCCAGCUAACAGUAACGAUGAUUACAUUAUAAAUCAUCUAAAAUUCAAGGUUUUGAUUCAUGAGUACGAAGGGAGUACUGUGGAGAUCAUUGGUACAGGAGAGGAAGGUAUGGGAGUGAUCUCAGAAGCAGACAAGAAAAAGACAUCUGGUUAUGAGAUAGUGGGUUUUGAGGUUGUUCCCUGCAGCGUCAAGCGCGAUCCUGAAGAAAUGUCAAAACUUCACAUGUAUGACAAUAUUAAUUCGAUCAACUGCCCUGGGGAUCUUGAAAGGUCUCAAAUCAUAAGAGAACAAGAGAAAGUUGCAUUUACUUACGAGGUUGAGUUUGUAAAGAGUAAUACUAGAUGGCCAUCUAGAUGGGAUGCUUACCUGAAAAUGGAAGGUGCCCGAGUGCAUUGGUUCUCUAUUUUGAAUUCCCUCAUGGUGAUCUUUUUCUUGGCUGGAAUAGUGUUUGUAAUAUUUUUAAGAACUGUAAGAAGAGAUUUGACCAGAUAUGAGGAACUGGACAAAGAAGCUCAAGCGCAGAUGAACGAGGAGCUGUCAGGAUGGAAGCUUGUUGUGGGUGAUGUGUUUAGAGAACCAGACCAUGCUAAGCUAUUAUGUGUGAUGGUUGGAGAUGGUGUUCAGAUUACAGGAAUGGCUGGUGUGACUAUAGUCUUUGCAGCUCUUGGUUUCAUGUCACCUGCGUCUAGGGGAAUGCUUUUAACAGGGAUGAUAAUUCUCUACCUUAUGCUGGGUACUCUUGCUGGCUAUGCUGGUGUAUAUCUCUGGAAAACUAUCAAGGGAAAUACAGAUGGUUGGAGGUCAGUUGCCUGGUGGAAUGCUUGCUUUUUUCCUGGGGUUGUCUUUGUCAUCCUCACCAUGUUGAAUUUCCUCCUUUGGGGGAGCAAGAGUACUGGUGCAAUACCAAUAUCUUUGUAUUUUAUCCUUCUCUCCCUCUGGUUCUGCAUUUCAGUGCCCCUGACUCUGUUUGGAGGUUUUCUUGGAACUCGAGCUGAGCCUAUUCAGUUUCCUGUGCGAACCAAUCAAAUCCCCAGAGAGAUUCCUGCUCGAAAAUACCCUUCAUGGUUGCUUGUUCUUGGUGCUGGUACCCUUCCAUUUGGAACCCUGUUUAUCGAGCUCUUCUUCAUUUUGUCCAGCAUUUGGCUGGGAAGGUUCUACUAUGUCUUUGGUUUCUUGUUUGUUGUCCUCUUGUUGCUGGUGAUUGUUUGUGCUGAAGUUUCUGUUGUUCUGACAUACAUGCAUCUAUGUGUUGAAGAUUGGCGAUGGUGGUGGAAAGCAUUCUUUGCUUCGGGUUCUGUUUCUCUUUAUGUCUUCCUUUACUCCAUUAAUUACUUGGUUUUUGACCUUCAGAGUCUCAGUGGACCUGUGUCGGCUCUACUCUAUCUAGGGUAUUCCUUGAUAAUGGCGGUGGCAAUUAUGCUAUCUACCGGCACUAUAGGAUUCCUAAUGUCAUUCUACUUUGUCCACUAUCUGUUUUCAUCAGUAAAGAUUGAUUAAGAUCUACAUUUGAUGAUUGCUACACUAUAUGGGAUUUUCCGCAAAACACAAGAGGAGAUUUUGUUGGCUAGUUCUCUCAGAUUUUUGCCAAAUAUCCUCCAUUGUAUCUGCUAAAAGACUGUUACAGUGAUGGACGAUAAGAGCAUUUAGCUGCAUUUGAAAGACCUGAUGAAGCAAGGUCUCCCGCUUUUUUCCGUUUUAACUAGCCUGUAUUCUGUUUUUUCUUUUUCUUCCUUUUUCCUCUUUCAAUUCAUAUAGUGCACUGGAAUGUUUAGUUUUGAGUUAUAUUCUCGAUAGAUUUCCUCGUCUAUAUGCCAAUUUUAACCGGCAGAGCUGUACUACAUUUGGAUGUACUUUCAUCAAUUAGAUGUUAGAUCGAAUGUCUGUUUCAUUCA